AUGGCUUUAAAUGAAAAUUUAAUUUCCGUGCUAUCUCAUGUGGCAGAAUAUUUGAAUCAGAAUGAGUUAAUAGAUUUAGCAUCGACAUGCAGGGAGAUUUACGAUAAAAUUGCGAUACCUAAACUUUAUAGACGAAUUGUGAUUAAUGAAGAACCUGUAAUGAGAACAAAUCUUUGGUAUUUGGAAAGUUACGCCACAUUCGUGUCUGGUUAUAGAUCUGUGAUAAAAAGUGCUGAUCAGAACGAUAUAUUUGUUUAUGAUAGAAUUGAACGUCUACUACAUAGUGGAAAGUUAGAGUUAAUUAGAGAAUUGAUUAUCACUGAUAAAGUAUUUGCUGAUGAAGAUAGUGGGUUCCGAUUGUUUAAAAUAUUAAUAGAAAGACUUGUGGCCAUUGAUAAAUUAGAGGUUCUACAAAUUAUGGAUAUCAGAUUAUCCCAAAUAUUUUAUGAAUUAUAUUUGGAAUUGACUCACCUUAAGAAAAUCCAUCUAUUUGAUUUUGAAGAUAGGGUACAAGUCAAAUCCUUUGCAAAUUGUAAUUCAUUAAGGUUGAUGCUGCAAAAUCAUACUUCUUCAAAUUCCAAAGUUAUCUCUUCAGAAUCACUAGAGUUUGUGACGCAUAUAAAAGAAUUAAUUGUAGAAGAUGUGGAGAGUCAUACCUUACUUUUCUUUCAAAACCUAUUCGAAGCUAAUAUUCAAUUUCCAAAUGUUAAUUCGUUGAAAUUCGAACAUGUACAUACAUAUACUUCAUCUGAAUUAACUACUGUACAUAUAAAUAAAGUGAUAGCGUUGGAGAAGCUUGAGAAACUAGAAAUGUCGAUUGCAUGUGAAGUUCCUGGAUGUCAUUGUAUUGAUGAUUUCUUGUUCGAUUUGUCUACUAAUCUAAAAUCUCUAAAUAAAUUAUCACUGAUUGAAAAUACAUUCCAAACACAAGGUGAUCAUUACACAGAGGAAAAUUGGGAUAUUUCAAUAGCGAAAUUUAUUCUGAAUAUACCUAAUGUCUCUAAAAAUUUAAAAUUAUUAAACAUUGACCAUAAUCCGCCAAAAAAUGGGGAACAAAGUAACAGUGUUGACGGAAACUACUUUCGUAGACGUGAUUUAUAUUCAAAAGUUCUUCCUGAACUAACUGCAUUGCAAACCUUAAUUGCCCCUUCGAUUUUAUUGUCAUUGAGUUCUUAUGACAUUUUAAUUGGCGAUUUAUUAUGGAAUGGAUGUAAAUGUCCAUUCUGUAAUAAAAUAUUACCUAUCUUAGACGAAUAUAUUAUGAACCAUCAAGUAUUUGAUAAUGAAUAUUCGGAUUAUAAAGAUAUCUCAGUGACAAAUUUUUUUGCAUACGUGCAACAGAUUUUAUCGAAAAGGAUUAAACAUCAAAUUGUCUGGGAUACUGACAUUCAAAAUAUUCCACCGACUAAUAAAACCUGGGAUUUCCAUGGGUUCGAAUCGAUCUCCCAUUUCGAUGACUAUGAUUGUACAUUCGAUAACAGGGUAUUUAAUGCUGUCCCGAUUGCUGUUGCGCAUUUUUUCAAUGGUUAUAUGGAUAAUCUAGUAGUCUUCAUGCCAAAUUUAUCGGUUGCCAUCUUAUCAGGAAUAUACUACUCCGUAGAUAAAUCAACCCGUAAAUAUAAAAAUAUAUACGAUGAAUGA